CCGAACUACAAAUAGGUAGUUAAUUAGUUUUUGAAAAAUCUCUAAUGAGGUCAUCAGUAUCAUAUAAAUUAAGGUACAAAGUACUUAUUCUACAUUGUUAUUGUCAGUAAACCGAAGCAUUUCAUGAUGAGGAACAUUGCAGUUGCAGUGAUUUUAGUAUCACUUAUCUUGACUGAGCAAACUUUAGCUCAAGAAUUUCUAGACAGACUCCGAAACAGGAUAAAUUUCGCUGGACAGGCUGCUCAAGGAACCAGAGAUAUGUACCGAGCUUACAGAGAUAUGAGACAAGCGAACUGGCGCAAUUCUGAUCAGUACUUCCAUGCCCGUGGUAACUAUGACGCCGCCAGAAGAGGACCUGGGGGUCGCUGGGCAGCAAGAGUUAUAAGUAAUGCCAGAGAGAGUUAUCAGAGCGGAUUGAGUGGUCAGGGACCAGAAGACACCGCUAGAGAUCAGGCAGCUAAUAUCUGGGGUCGAAAUGGUGGGGAUCCAAACAGAUACCGCCCUGUUGGUCUACCAGACAGAUACUGAAACAUGGACAAAGAAUCAACAAAAGCAUAUUUAAUUGACCUGUUCUCAUAGUUGAAUCAAAAAAUUUCAGUACUUUUAAAAUAUUAAAAACUUUAUUAUUUCA